CUGCAAAAACGUAGACAACUCUAGUUGAAUUAAUCAUAUCUUUCGGAUUAAUUCAGUGCCAAUAGAGAAUCUCUUUAUUUGACCUUACAAUAAUGUUGGCAGGAUUUGUAAUGGUUAUAUAAGCUUGCAUAAUAGCACAUGAGAGCGAUAAGUAACGGAGCUCGAAACUGAGGCUAAUAGUUUAGGAGUCUUAUCUGGAUGAGGUUUGUAUGUCAUUUGUGAUUGAGGAACUCAUUGACCAUGGACAGACUGAACCGUCUGGUGAAGCGGAUCUCUAUCAUCAUGCUAUGGGCAACAAUCAUCAUGGUGGCAGGACUAACGUCUGGAACCAAGGCUGCAGCUGCUGCCGGAAGUCAGACAGGUGGUCGAGUAAAGCUUGGUGAAGGGGAAUCGUUCAUCAUCGAAUCGGGAACUAACCAGCGGGGUGUAUAUGAUUCUGAUCUGGAUAUAUUGUGGAGAGUGAAGGUCCCUGAAUCAUGUGAUGUUCUCAUCGUAUUCGAGUCCUUCGUCACAGCGUUUCAAUACGAUUAUCUGUAUAUCGGAAAUGGAACGAAGAAAUCAGACUAUCCGACAUGGACUUUAUCUGGGUACACCGUGCCGUCUCAGAUCAGGAUGAAUUUCUCUACAGUAUGGAUCAGGUUUACUUCAGCACCUUACUCAGGACGACGUGGAUUCAGAGCUAACAUCAUAUCUACAUGCGAACAAGAUAAUACAACAGUAGACACGGUGGGUUCUGGAUAUCAGGCAUUGGAUGGAGAGACGUAUCAGAUCGCUUCACCGAACUAUCCAAACAACUAUCCUCCGGGUAUAACAUUAACCUGGGCCUUUCAGCUACCAGACCCACGAGACUGUAGAAUCUAUGUCACUUUCUUAGACUUUGAAACUGAACAAGAUAAUGAUCAGGUGCUUUUUAGAACUACAGAGGGCGCAUCAACCAAAGACAAAGAAAGCUUUUCAGGAGGGAGCGUACCCUUAAACCAUCCUAUCCUCGUUCAAAUGGAAGACUCCUCGACCUACGCUUAUAUUCGAUUCACAUCAUUGGAAAGAUCGUCCACGGCUCGUGGUUUUAUGGCUAACGUCACAGCAGACUGCAAACCAGGAUACCACGUGGAGCUGGAGCGUAAUGAGACGUAUCGGCUGCAGACAUCUAACUACCCUCUCUACUACCUGACAGAUAGUGACGAGUCUUGGGUGAUAAAGGCUCCACAAAGCUGCGAUAUUCUCGUAGAAUUCGCUCGAUUCGAUACGCAACUCAACCAAGAUGUUCUUCAUAUCGGAAAGGGACCUGAUAUGUCUUCCAAUGAACUGUUUUUCUUGUCUGGGAACUCGGUGCCGAGAUACCUUGAGGUAAAGUCUAACCUGGCUUGGGUUAGAUUCACAUCAGAUCAGGAUGAUAGCUCCAGACAUCACGGCUUCGAUGCUCACGUCACAUCUACUUGUAUAAAUGAUGCCGCGAUCGAGCAUAGUUUUGAUACGAGAGGUACUGCUGUAGCACUGUCCAACGGUGAUAUUUAUUCCAUAUCAUCCCCCAACUAUCCAAAUGAUUAUGGGAGCGAACAACACAUAGCAUGGAUGUUCAGGAUACCAGAUAACUGUCAGCUUAAUAUCGUCAUUAAUGACUUUGUAACAGAGGGCACCUUUGACAAGGUUUGA